AAUAACAGACCCCCUCCCACUUUCGUUCUCAUUUCCUCUCUCUCUCUCUCUCUCUCUCUCAAAAUCUCAGAUUCUCUAUCUCUCUCUCUCUAAGUCAGUCUCUGUGAGCGAAGAUGAGCAAGGGACCGGGACUCUUCUCCGACAUCGGCAAAAAGGCCAAAGAUCUUCUGACCAGGGACUACAACUCCGAUCAGAAAUUCAGUGUCUCCUCCUACAGCGAUGCCGGUGUGGCUCUCACAUCAACAGCAGUGAAAAAAGGAGGACUGUCCACCGGGGACAUUGCUACGCAGUACAAGUACAAGAACGCAGUCGUUGAUGUCAAAGUUGACACAGAAUCAAAUAUCUCAACUACCUUCACAAUCACAGAUAUUGUUCCAUCCACAAAGACUAUUGCUUCAUUCAAAGUGCCAGACUAUAACGGUGGCAAGUUGGAGGUUCAGUACUUUCAUGACCAUGCAACCUUAACUACAGCUGUAGCUUUGAAUCAAUCCCCAGCCAUUGAUUUUUCAGCUACCAUUGGUACCCCAACCAUCGCAUUUGGUGCAGAAGCUGGUUAUGACACCACUUCUGGAAAUUUUACAAAGUACACUGCUGGAAUUAGCGUGACACAAUCGGUUUCCAAUGCUUCAAUAAUUCUGGGCGACAAGGGAGACAGUAUAAAAGCAUCUUAUGUGCAUUAUGUGGAUCUGUUAAAGAGGAGUGCUGCUGUUGGAGAAAUCACUAGAAAGUUUUCCACGAACGAGAACACUUUCACAGUGGGAGGCCAAUAUGCUAUUGAUCCCUUGACUGUAGUGAAAGCAAAGCUCAACAAUCACGGCAAGCUGGGAGCCCUCCUGCAGCAUGAAGUGAUACCAAAGUCUCUGCUGACAGUAUCUGGUGAGAUUGACACCAAGUCCUUGGACAAACAUCCCAAAUUCGGGCUGGCCAUUGCCCUCAAGCCUUGAUGUUUUUCCCGUUGGAACCCAGUACCUGGUUCAAUUUUUUGGCUGGCUCUUGAGAGGAGCACUAAAUAAGUAGUUCCACAGAUAUAUGUUUGCUAGUUGUCAAUGACUGUGGAUGGAUUGUUUGAUGCUUGGGCUCGACCGCGUUUUCUUUUUCCUAUAUUCUUUUGGUUUUUAACUGUAGGUCUUUAAGGCAUUCAAUAUUCACAUUCUAGUAUCCUUGAAUGGAGAAAACCUUAGAAUCUGAUUGAUAGAGAAUUUGUUUACAUGUGUCAAGUGAUAUGCUACUGUCUGUUUUGAAUGACUGCACCCUCCAUGAGGGACUGCAAUGGUGUUUAUAAAUGCAACGUUGAUGCAUUGCUUUG